CGUAGUGACGGCGGCAUCAAUUUCUGAAUUAAUUACCAUUUGUCGCAAAAACUGCGCGUCCUUUAGCUUUUCUAGACUAAAAUCUUUGAUUUUUCUUUGGAUUGUGUCAUAUAGUUGUCUAAAUGGCAUCUGAUGAUGAAGUAGAUGGAUCUUUCGCAGGUAAAGGCGACGAGGACGUGGAGGAAGGUGAGGGUCAAAAUGAUAACUCAGGAGACAGUGAUGAAGCUCCCCCAAAGGAGGACGAUGAUUAUUCUCCAGAAGAUGCCAGAAAAAAAAAGAAAGGAAAGAAAAGAAAAGCGCGAGGAGAAGAAAAAAAGGGAAGAAAGAAAAAGAAGAAGCGCAAGAAUGAAAGCGAGGAAGAUGACGACUUUGGCGCGGAAGUCGAGGCAGAAGGUGACAGUGACUAUGCGCUGAGCGCAGUAUCCUCGAGUAAAAAAUCGCGCAAAGGGCGAGGAAGCAAACAUAAUACUUCCACUCCGGUUGCUUCGGAUUCGGGAUCUGGUAUGCCGACUGUUGAAGAAGUAUGUUCUUCAUUUGCUCUCACUGAUGUUAACAUUCAGUAUACAGACGCCGAUCUCGAAAAUUUAACCAGUUACAAGUUAUUCCAGCAACAUGUACGCCCUCUUCUUGUUAAGGAAAAUCCAAAGGUACCUGUAUCAAAGUUGAUGAUGCUAGUAGCGGCCAAAUGGCGACUAUUCUGUGAAACUAAUCCACACUUGGAUGGUGGCAGUCAGAACAUGGGCUCUGAAGAGAAUACAAACACAUCUGCUACGUCAGAUUAUGUGCCCAAACGUCCCGGUCGCACUCCUAAAGAAGUAAAGAUCGAAGACUCUAUCGACGAGCCUGAGGAGGAAGACGAGGAGGGAGUAAGCGAUGAGGGCACGCCGGCUCCUCGCAAACGUGGCCGUAAGCCCAAGCACACGGGCACGCCGCGCGGCAAGCCGGGCCGCAAGCCGAAGGUCCCCACGCUUAAAAUCAAGUUCAGCAAACGGAAGCGCACUAGCAGUGAGGAAGAUCAAGAAGGCAGUGCAGGUGCAAAUACAGAUUCUGAUGCAGAAUUUGAACAGAUGCUGGCUGAGGCUGAAGAUCCGAAACCAGCACCAACUAACACAGAAGAGGCCCCACAACCGAAAGAGGAAGAUCCUAAUGUUCCACAACAACCAAAGAAGAAGGCUAAGACCAAAAUCGGCAAUAAAAGCAAGAAAAAGAAGAAAAUGAAGACGACAAGCAAGUUCCCUGAUGGUGCAGAAGGAGAGCAGGAACAUCAGGACUAUUGUGAGGUUUGUCAACAAGGAGGUGAAAUUAUUCUCUGUGACACAUGUCCAAGAGCGUAUCACUUGGUGUGUCUCGAUCCAGAAUUAGAAGAGACACCAGAAGGUCGCUGGUCCUGUCCUCACUGUGAGGCUGAGGGCAACCAAGAAGAAGAUGAUGAUGAGCAUCAAGAAUUCUGCAGGAUUUGCAAAGAUGGUGGCGAGCUAUUGUGUUGUGAUUCCUGCCCAUCAGCAUAUCACCGUUUCUGCCUUAAUCCACCCUUAGAUGAAGUUCCAGAUGGAGAGUGGAAAUGUCCUCGAUGUAGUUGUCCACCACUAGAUGGUAAAGUAGCGAAAAUUCUGACAUGGCGAUGGAAGGAACAACCGGCGAAAUCGAAGGCACCGCGUUCAAGGGAGUUCUUUGUCAAGUGGCAUGAGCGUUCGUAUUGGCAUUGCAGCUGGAUAUCUGAGAUACAGCUGGAUGUUUUCCACCCCCUCAUGUAUCGUUAUUACAUGCGCAAAUCGGAUCCCGAAGAGCCACCUAAAUUAGAAGAACCAUUGGAGGAGCGUGAAGGUCGAAGAAAGCGCAUGAAAAACAAAAAUGGCGUAGAACAAGACUCUGAUGAGAAAAUGUUGGAAGAAAAAUACUACAGGUAUGGUGUAAAACCUGAGUGGUUGAUAGUGCAUAGGGUGAUAAAUCACCGAACAUCACGUGACGGCACUACGUAUUUUUUGGUUAAAUGGCGAGAUCUAUCGUACGACCAAGCUACUUGGGAAUCGGAACAUGAAGAUAUUGCUGGAUUAAAAUGCGCCAUGGAAUAUUAUCAGGAUAUGCGUGCCUUCAUCACUUCAGAAGGUAAAACUAAAGGAAGCAAAGGCAAAAAAGCUGGUCGCAAAAGCAAGAACAAAGAUAAUAUUGAUGAAGACGAGAGUAGUAGUGGAUUGCAGGUCAAAGGCAGAAAGUAUAACCCGCCUCCAGAUCGUCCAACAACCAAUCUCAAUAAGAAGUAUGAAGAUCAACCACCAUUUGUAUAUGAAACUGGAAUGCAACUCCAUCCAUAUCAGUUGGAAGGUCUUAACUGGUUGCGGUAUUCUUGGGGACAAGGAAUCGACACUAUUCUUGCUGACGAGAUGGGUCUUGGAAAAACUAUACAAACUGUUACAUUCCUUUAUUCUCUGUUUAAAGAGGGUCAUUGCAAAGGACCUUUCUUAGUUUCCGUUCCACUGUCAACAAUUAUUAAUUGGGAGAGAGAAUUUGAGUUGUGGGCUCCAGAUUUAUACUGUAUUACAUAUGUUGGUGACAAGGAUUCUAGAGCUGUUAUACGCGAGAAUGAACUUACUUUUGACGAUGGCGGGAAUAGAGGAGGAAGACCUUCAAAAAUCAAAUCGCAAGUGAAAUUCAAUGUUCUCUUGACUUCUUAUGAACUUAUAUCAAUUGACUCUACUUGCCUCGGGUCAAUUGAGUGGGCUGUCCUCGUUGUGGACGAAGCACAUAGACUAAAAAGUAAUCAGUCUAAGUUCUUUAGGCUUCUUGCUGGAUAUCAUAUUAACUACAAACUUUUACUAACAGGAACACCAUUACAGAACAAUCUCGAAGAAUUGUUCCACCUCUUAAACUUUUUAAAUAAGGAUAAGUUCAAUGAGCUAGCUGCUUUCCAAAAUGAAUUUGCAGAUGUUUCGAAAGAAGAGCAAGUGAAGAGGCUACAUGAAAUGCUGGGUCCUCAUAUGCUGCGGCGAUUAAAGGCUGAUGUAUUGAAAAAUAUGCCCGCGAAAUCGGAGUUUAUUGUGCGUGUUGAGUUAUCCCCAAUGCAGAAAAAAUAUUAUAAGUAUAUCUUGACUAGAAAUUACGAAGCACUUAAUCCAAAGAGCGGUGGGCAAACUGUGUCCUUACUUAAUGUGAUGAUGGACUUAAAGAAAUGUUGUAACCAUCCAUACUUGUUCCCUGUAGCGGCUGAAGAAGCACCUCUUGGUCCCCAUGGGAAUUAUGACACUCAAGCUUUAAUUAAAGCUUCCGGAAAACUUGUCCUUAUGUCGAAGAUGUUAAAACAACUCAAAGAGCAAGGACAUAGGGUCCUCAUUUUCUCCCAAAUGACAAAAAUGUUAGACAUUCUUGAAGAUUUCUUAGAAGGUGAAGGAUAUAAAUAUGAAAGAAUUGAUGGUGGUAUUACAGGAACAAUAAGACAAGAAGCUAUUGAUAGGUUUAAUGCACCCGGCGCUCAGCAAUUUGUUUUCUUAUUAUCAACUAGAGCUGGUGGUUUGGGUAUCAAUUUAGCUACAGCUGACACUGUAAUUAUCUAUGAUUCUGAUUGGAAUCCACAUAACGAUAUUCAAGCGUUCUCGCGAGCCCAUAGAAUCGGUCAAGCUAACAAGGUCAUGAUAUAUCGAUUCGUAACUCGUAACAGUGUUGAAGAAAGAGUCACCCAAGUUGCUAAGAGAAAAAUGAUGUUAACACACUUGGUUGUGCGCCCUGGUAUGGGCGGGAAAGGUGCUAACUUUACGAAACAAGAACUGGACGACAUUCUACGAUUCGGUACAGAAGAGCUUUUCAAAGAAGAGGAGGGCAAAGAAGAAGCUAUUCACUACGACGAUAGGGCUGUUGGAGAAUUGCUAGAUCGUUCCAAAGAAGGUAUUGAACAAAAAGAAUCAUGGGCUAAUGAAUAUCUUAGCUCCUUUAAAGUGGCUAGUUAUUCGACCAAAGAAGGCGACGGUGAAGAAGAAGUUGAUACUGAGAUUAUCAAACAGGAAGCUGAAAAUACUGAUCCAGCUUACUGGAUUAAAUUACUUAGACAUCACUAUGAGCAGCAUCAAGAAGAUCAAGCAAGAACCCUUGGAAAAGGUAAAAGGGUAAGGAAACAAGUUAAUUAUAACGAUGGUAGUGUUGCACAGACAGAAAAUAGAGAAGACACAACGUGGCAAGAGAAUGGCUCUGACUACAAUUCUGAUUUCUCUCAAGGUAGCGAGGAUGAUAAGGAGGAUGAUGAUUUCGAUGAAAAGAAUGAUAAUGGAGAUUUACUUAGCCGUCGCAGUAAGCGCCGACUUGAAAGGCGUGAAGAAAGAGAUAGACCAUUGCCACCGCUGCUUGCACGUGUUGGAGGAAAUAUGGAAGUUCUUGGUUUUAAUGCUAGACAAAGAAAAUCGUUCCUCAAUGCAAUCAUGCGGUAUGGUAUGCCACCACAAGACGCAUUUAACUCGCAAUGGUUAGUCAGAGAUCUUAGAGGAAAAUCUGAGCGUAAUUUCAAAGCAUAUGUUUCACUAUUUAUGCGACACUUGUGCGAGCCUGGUGCAGAUAAUGCUGAAACAUUUGCAGACGGUGUUCCUAGAGAAGGAUUAUCAAGACAGCAUGUAUUGACACGAAUCGGUGUCAUGAGUUUAAUUAGAAAGAAGGUGCAAGAGUUCGAACACAUCAACGGGUAUUAUAGCAUGCCUGAAUUAAUUCGUAAGCCAGUAGAACCCGUUAAGAUUGCCGGUGCAGAAAGUGCUGCUCCUAGCCCAGCUCCUUCUACAGCGACCCCUAUAACUUCAGCGGCGCCCUCACCAGCACCCACGCAAAUAACACAAGCGUCUGGUCAAGCACCUACACCAGGUGGGUCAGAGAAAGAUGAGAAGGAAGAAGCUAAAGAUGACAAAUCCGACUCUAAAGAUAGCAAAGAAAAGGACAAAGAAGAACCUAUGGAUACCAGUGAUAUUAAGGAAGAAAAAGAUAAAUCAGAGGAUAAGGACUCGGCAAAAGAUGUAAAAGAGGAAAUUAAAGACGAAAGACGUAUGUCUGUGGAUGAAGAACCUUCAAAGGAUGAAGAGAAAUCGGAGAAAAAAGAAGAUAAAGACGAAAAAAUUAAAGAAGAGCCGAAAGAAGAUCCGGAUAAAAAGGAAGAUGCGAAGAGUGAUAAGGCUGAAUCAGAAGCUUCCGAAAAGCCUAAUAAAGAAGAAAAGAAAGAAGACGAUGAUGACGAUGUCGUACUCGUAAAAGAGGAAGAAGAUCUCAAAGUAGAGCGCCGCAAGUUUAUGUUCAAUAUUGCUGAUGGUGGUUUUACAGAACUGCAUACUUUGUGGUUAAACGAAGAACGUGCCGCUGCGCCCGGUCGAGAGUAUGAGAUCUGGCAUAGACGGCACGAUUACUGGCUAUUGGCUGGCAUUGUAACGCACGGCUACGGGCGCUGGCAGGAUAUUCAGAAUGACUUGCGAUUUGCUAUCAUUAACGAGCCGUUUAAGAUGGAUGUCGGCAAGGGCAACUUCCUUGAGAUUAAGAACAAAUUUUUGGCCCGAAGGUUCAAGCUAUUGGAACAAGCGUUGGUUAUCGAGGAGCAGCUGCGGCGCGCUGCGUAUUUGAACCUGACGCAGGACCCCAACCACCCCGCCAUGUCGCUCAACGCGCGCUUCGCCGAAGUGGAGUGUCUCGCGGAGUCGCACCAGCAUCUCAGCAAGGAGUCGUUGGCGGGUAAUAAACCUGCUAAUGCAGUACUGCAUAAGGUGUUGAAUCAGCUAGAGGAACUGCUGUCUGACAUGAAGUCGGACGUAUCCCGCCUACCGGCCACGCUGGCGCGCAUCCCGCCAGUGGCGCAGCGGCUGCAAAUGUCGGAGCGCUCCAUCCUCUCGCGCCUGGCCGCCACCGCUGGCAACCCUGUGCCUGCAGCUCAAAUGGCGCAGUUCCCGGCCGGGUUCGGUGCGGGCGGGUCGCUGCCGGGCUUCUCACCCGCGGCCGCGGCCGCCGCCAACUUCACCAACUUCCGCCCGCAGUACUCCGUGCCCGGACAGCCUGCCACGCCCUCAUCUAAUAAAUCAUAAGCCUAUGGUAACAAUAAAUUGACAAGAAUCAAGAUGACAUAAGCGUGCAGUGGCCGGCUUUGGCGUCGCGCUUAGACGAAUAAUUUAGAUUUAAGCUUUUCCAAGAUUCCUGUUCCACCUUGGGUUUGAAGUGAUAUAAUUAGUGAUUAGUGCAGUUAUGUUAGGUAACAUAAUAUUACGUCAUACUAGAGCAGAACUCUCACAAUAUUAUUUAUUUCAUCCUGAUCUGUAUGAAUCUUGUUUUACUGCGUAAGUGAUUGUGGACUUAUGAAAUCUUUAUUUUUAAUUUACCAA